UUUAGCCCUCCCCUCAUAUCGCGGAAGUAGCAAGCCCUUGUCCCACACAACUUUUCAUCCUCAGUGAGGACGAUACUCUCUGCUGUCACCAGCAAGACUGGAAACAGAGAACUUGAUCAAAGUCUGCCAUUCCUGUGUUGUUGUUUUUCUUUUAGAACAAAGAGUUUGAGAUGCGAAUUUUUUUUUAAGGCAAGCACUAUCUUGUCUAUUUGCUUUGAGAAAUAAGUUGUCAGAGUAUCUGCUCUGUGCCAAUAAGACAGAACACAGUUGAGAUCUACCAACUUCAGCCUUCUACCUAGUAGCCUAGAAAUUCCAGUGUCCUCAUUGGCAGAGGCCAUUUACUUCUGUUUGAAAGCUGUCUACAAAUCCUACUCCUCACCCCAAAGGAAGCUACAGGGUGCCAUGGCCAGGCGAGUCGCAGUGAUUGGGGCGGGUGUGAGCGGCCUGUCCUCCAUCAAGUGCUGCUUGGAUGAGGAUCUGGAGCCUACCUGCUUUGAGAGAAGUAAUGACAUCGGGGGACUAUGGAAGUUUACUGAAACUUCUAAAGAUGGGAUGACCAGGGUCUACAGGUCAUUAGUGACAAACGUCUGCAAAGAGAUGUCAUGUUACAGCGACUUCCCCUUCCAAGAAGAUUAUCCAAAUUACAUGAACCAAGGAAAAUUUUGGGACUAUCUCCAAGAAUUUGCUGAGCACUUUGACCUUCUGAAAUACAUUCGGUUUAGGACCACAGUAUGCAGUGUCACGAAGCGUCCAGACUUCUCUGAAACUGGUCAGUGGGAUGUUGUCACAGAGACAGAGGGAAAGCGGGACCGAGGUGUCUUUGAUGCUGUCAUGGUUUGCACUGGACAUUUCCUGAAUCCUCACUUGCCUCUGGAGUCCUUUCCUGGUAUUCAUAAAUUUAAAGGCCAGAUCCUGCACAGUCAGGAAUAUAAGAGCCCAGAAGGCUUUCAAGGCAAACGCGUGUUAGUGAUCGGUCUUGGGAACACUGGAGGGGACGUGGCAGUGGAACUCAGUCGAACGGCAGCUCAGGUACUUCUCAGUACUAGAACUGGUGCCUGGGUUAUCCACCGCUGUUCAAAUGGGGGUUACCCCUAUAAUAUGGUGAUUACAAGAAGAUACCUUAAUUUUAUGGCGCAAGUUCUGCCCUCGUGUGUACUAAACUGGAUUCAAGAGAGGCAAAUGAAUAAAAGAUUUAACCAUGAGAAUUAUGGACUAAGUAUUACAAAGGGGAGAAAACCAAAAUUCAUUGUGAAUGAUGAACUGCCAAUCUGUAUCCUCUGUGGGACGGUCACUAUGAAAACCAGCGUGAAGGAGUUCACGGAAACCUCUGCUGUCUUUGAAGACGGAACAGUGGAGGAAAACCUCGACGUUGUGAUCUUUACGACAGGAUACACAUUUUCUUUUCCCUUCCUUGAAGAGCCUCUCAAAAGCCUUUGUACAAAGAAGAUAUUCCUGUAUAAGCAGGUCUUUCCUUCAAACCUGGAGAGGGCAACAUUAGCUAUCAUUGGCCUCAUCAGCCUUAAAGGAUCCAUCUUAUCAGGCACAGAGCUCCAGGCACGUUGGGCCACAAGAGUAUUCAAAGGACUCUGUAAGAUACCUCCGUCUCCAAAAUUGAUGGCUGAGGCUACAAAAAAGGAGCAGCUCAUAGAAAGGGGUGUGAUGAAAGACAUCAGUAAAGACAAACUUGAGUACAUCACCUACAUGGAUGACAUUGCCGCAUGCAUAGGCACAAAGCCCAGUGUCCCAUUUCUGUUCCUCAAGGAUCCCAGACUCGCUUGGGAAGUUUUCUUUGGACCGUGUACUCCUUACCAGUACCGCCUAAAGGGACCUGGGAAAUGGGAUGGAGCCAGAAAUGCCAUCCUGACCCAAUGGGACAGGACACUGAAACCCUUAAAAACUCGAAUCGUCCCUGAUUCCACCAAGCCUGCCUCCAUGUCACAUUAUUUAAAAGUUUGGGGGGUACCUAUCCUACUUGCCUCUCUUCUGCUGAUCUGUAAAUCUUCACUUUUUCUGAAGUUGGUGCAAGAAUUUCCUCUUACCAGUAAGUAUUUGGUGAGGAUGAAUCUGAUUGGUUACAAGGGUUGUCCCGAGCCAUAUUAAUUCUAUCUCCAAAUAUUUGUGCAUCCCUCCUCUCCUCUCCAUCAUAACCGCUAUCUUUCAAGUUCAAGUCCAGUCAUCUCUUACCUGAAUUAUUAUACUUACUGCCUUCCUCUCUAGUCUCAGUGCCUCCUUUCUUGCCUCCCUUUCCAAUCCAUACUCUACUCUGCUACCUAAGCAAUUAUGUAAAAUAAAAAUAUUGUCAUUGUUUCCAUAAAAA